AUGAACAGUAACUUCUGCCGGGCCCUGGUGGACUGCAGGCCCGUGGGACCCCCGAGCUGCGUGCAGCUGGGCGUCGUGGCGCCCCCCCGGCAGGCGCCCCUGUCCCCCGCCGAGCCCCUGGGCAACGUGCCCUUCCUGCUGUACCCGGGCCACGCGGAGUCGCCCUACUACGACCCCUACGCGGGCGUGCUCCCCUACGUGCCCCUCCCCGGCGCCUUCGGGGUGUACGACUACCCCUUCGAGCCCGCCUUCAUCCAGAAGCGCAACGAGCGCGAGCGCCAGCGCGUCAAGUGCGUCAACGAGGGCUACGCGCGCCUCCGCGGCCACCUCCCCGGCGCGCUGGCCGAGAAGCGGCUCAGCAAGGUGGAGACGCUGCGCGCCACCAUCCGCUACAUCAAGUACCUGCAGGAGCUGCUCGCUUGGGGCAGGGGGUCCGAGAGGCGCGAUCGAGACCGGAGGAGCCGCGAGGGUGCAGCUGCAGGGACGACCGAGGACGUCCUGCCUGGGCCUGGCUCUCGCUCUGCCUCAGCCUCGGCUUGGGGAGAGUCGGAGGCCAGCCUGGCGCUGUGGUUUGCUCUGUCCUCCGAUGCUGCAGGCGCAGCCCUGCCUCUGCGAGUCCCCGGGGACGAGCCGGACUUUGGUUCGGAUGCGCCACCCCCUGGCUGUCCACAAGAUGGCCUCAAAUACUAG